AUCAAAUCAUUGGGAACAUCAUAAAACCAUGUCCCACAAACUUCAUCAACGGUCACAAACACUUCGAUAUCAUCAACAGCUUAUCUAUUGCCACGUGUAUGGCUCUUGAUUGGAACUCAUGUACCUUGUUACCGCAGGUUAGAAUAUCCCUUAAAACGUUAAAGAACAAAAGAGUGUGGUUGUACUUGUAGUAGUGAGAAGAGGAAGGUGUUUUUUGUUUUGUUGAAAGAAAAAAAAGGAAUCUUUUUGAAGAUUGAAAAUGAGAGUAAUGAGGUGAAGUGUUGGUGGGUUUUGCUCAGAUUUCUUCAAUGUUUUGAAGGUUUGAAUGGCUGGUUAUGUUGAUAUCUAGAUGCUGUUUACUUUGACUAUUAUUAGGGGGGAUCACAAUCUGAUUAUUGAUUUGGGAGGAAACUGGACAUGAGUAUGCUUGUGGGGAUAUGCUCGAACCGCGUGAAUCUGAUAUUCCUGUCCUGUUUCUGGUGCUGGUUGUACUUCCUUUGGUGGCUUAUAUCUUACUUGGAAAAUGGAGUGAGAAUGUUAAGAAGAGAAAUCAGAUAACUUUGCUUGCUCAAUUGGCUGCCGAAGAAGCCUUUAAAGCCGAAGAAAAAAUGUGUGUUGCUAAUCUAAUUCCCCCUCAACCUCAAGUUUAUUUUUCUCCUUCAAAAAAUGAGCUUCAUCAUGAGUGUGCUAGGUGUUCCGCUCCGGCUAAAACUCGCUGCUCCAGAUGCAAGUUUGUUAGAUACUGCUCAGGGAAUUGUCAAAUAAUCCAUUGGAGGCUAAUUCACAAACAAGAGUGCCAGCCAUUGGAAACUCAUAAUUCAAGCUCGUUUCCUAUGGCCAUUUCGGUUGAGGAAUUCGGUCAUGGAAAUGCUUUUUAUGAAAAUUUAAACAAUCCCUACUUUGGUCACAAUUUGAACCAGACUUUAAGGGUGCCCGAGCCUUUGGACAAUUUGGUUAACCCUCCGACCAUCACCGCCGCAGCUUCUGCUACAGCUGAUUUUUCCUUAUUUAAUGGUUCUUCUCAACCUUCCACUUUGGAGAGAAGACCUUCACAUAAAUCCAACAGAGAAACGCGGCGAAGAGAUUCUGGUUCAAUAUAUGAAUCUUCUGAUUUUAAAGCUACCAAUUCUGAGGAGUCAUUUUUGCGACAGAAGUCAAGAAAUAGUAGCGAUGAUUCUGUGUUGGAGGAAGAAACUUCAAAUUCAAAUGGCUUUGGAGUUUAUAUUUAUGAACAAGAUGGUUCAAGAAACACAAUGCAUGAUGAGGAUGAUAACUAUCAAAGUCAAUAUGAAAAUGCAUUUGCAUCAAGAAACAAUUUUGAAAAUGCAUGCGCUAGUGUGUUGAGCGCUGCAAACAAUGAUGAAGGUGUAGAUGAUUUUGAAACAAACAUCAUUACGAAAGGAGGAAAUGUAGUCAAUGGGAUAAACCAUCAUUCUGAUGAAAUGGCCCAACACAAAUGCUCUCCUGAAUUGACAAUUAAAGGAAGUGCAAAGGCUAAAAAGCAAUCCCAUCCUUCUUCAAAGGUCAAAUGUUCUAAAUCACCAAAGUCAACAUCAAAGACGUCAAUAGAUUUUUGUGUACCGGAAACUGAGAAGAAAGCGAAGAAAAUUCCAGACGAACCAAAAGUUGCUGGAAAUAGAAGUACUAUCCCUUUACAUGGUAUCGACGGAGUUUCAAGCACUGGCCUUAUGAAAAUGAUGGGUUUAAGGAAAUCAACAAAACAUACUGCACUAGCCUCCUCAGAAGGCAAUGGAGUACGGUGCAAAAAGGCAAAAAAUAUAAAGAUGUUGUUUCCUUAUGAUGAAUUUGUAAAGAUUUUCCAGAGUGAAGUCUUUGGUGUAUGGCCGAGGGGCCUUGUAAAUUGUGGGAACAGUUGCUAUGCCAAUGCUGUAUUGCAGUGCUUAACGUCUACAAAGCCUCUUGUCGUUUAUUUGCUUUAUGGAUCACAUUCAAAAUCCUGUUGUUCAAAAGAUUGGUGUUUAAUGUGUGAGUUAGAGCAGCACAUGAUGGUUUUGAGAGAAAAUGGAGCUCCUUUAUCUCCUAGUAGGAUACUUUGGCAUAUGCGGAGCAUUAAUUGCCACAUGGGUGAUGGAAGUCAAGAAGAUGCACAUGAAUUUUUAAGGCUUCUAGUUGCAUCGAUGCAAUCUAUAUGUUUGGAUGGACUUGGUGGUGAGAAAAGGGUUGAUCCUAGAUUACAAGAAACAACUUUCAUACAACAUACUUUUGGUGGUCGUCUUCAAUCCAAGGUUAAGUGUUUGAAUUGUAGUCAUGAGUCAGAAAGGUAUGAGAACAUUAUGGACUUAACGUUGGAGAUAUUGGGUUGGGUUGAGUCACUCGAAGAUGCACUGGCUCAGUUUACUUCCCCUGAAGAUUUGGACGGAGAUAAUAUGUACCGGUGUGGAAGGUGCACUGCAUAUGUUCGAGCUAGAAAGCAACUGAGCAUACAUGAGGCCCCUAACAUCUUGACCAUUGUUUUAAAGAGGUUUCAGGAAGGAAGAUAUGGGAAAAUUAACAAGUGCAUAACGUUUCCUGAAAUGCUAGAUAUGAUUCCUUUUAUGACUGGGACGGGCGAUAUUCCUCCAUUAUACGCCCUUUAUGCUGUUGUUGUGCACCUCGACACACUAAAUGCAUCUUUCUCUGGACAUUAUGUUUCGUACGUAAAAGAUCUACAAGGCAAUUGGUUCAGGGUAGAUGACACUGAGGUUCAGCCAGUACUCGUCAAUCAAGUGAUGUCAGAAGGAGCAUAUAUCUUAUUCUACACAAGGUCGUAUCCCCGUCCACAGGUAGAAUUCACUGGGAAAGCCGCACCACAAUCAGUGUCCGAUUCAUCAAAGCACCAUCCAUUAGAAAUGCAGAAGCCUUCUAAACCCGGACAUAGCCGACAUGUCAGUCAAAGUUUUGUCUCUGAGCCUUCACACAAUGCCAGGCCAGAAAUCCCCACUCACCUUAUCGACACCUCUAAUGGCUUUCUUAAAAGAAGCACCAAUCGAAAUGUCCAUCCAGUAAUACAAACUUACGCGGAAAACAUCAGGCACGAGUUUUCAGAUGCGACAUCAAGUGACUGGUCCAUUUUCACAAGCUCGGAUGAAGCUUCUUUCACUACUGAGAGUACUAGAGACUCUUUCAGUACUGUAGACUAUGGUGAUUCUUCUUCCAACAUGGAUCCAAUUUCAUCUCUCUUCAAUUACACACCAGAAAACAACUAUAUGAAGAUUUCACAUAGUAGGCCACUAACAAGGUUCUUACCGAAAAAGGGUCAUAUCGAAAGAGUGCAGAAAACAACUAUAUGGGAAUCCUAACUGGUUAUAUCAUUAGAUGGAGUAGGUGCCAUGUCUCAAAAUUUUCAAUAUUUAGUUGAUUGAGGCAUAUAGCUCUUUUAAGCACAUAUGUAUUUUAUUUCUUAUUUUUAUUGAUAAUUGUAAAGAUGACAAAGGUGUUCCUAUCUGAUUAUCUAUUAAUGCAUGGAAGUCUUUUUCUCGGAA